AGGUUUAAGGUUACGCUUAAGGGUUAGCUUUAAGGUUAGGUUUAAGGGUUAGGGAAAAUAUCAUUUGGAAUGGGAAUCCAUUGUUGGGUCCCCAAAAAGUCCUCACAAAUAUAGUAAGACAUAUCUGUGUGUUAGUGUGACUCCUCCCCCUCUGUGUGUCACCAGGUAGAGUGGUCCCCAGGUAAAGCCCUCCUAUGAGGUGAGGUUAAGGUGACCCCUGACCCCGCUCCCACAGCGCCCCUCCACCAGGCAGCAGGACUAAGGGAUGUCACGGGGCUUCCUGCUGCUCACGCUGCUCACAGUCUUCUCCAGCAUCCAAGUGUCCCCAGCUAAGCCAUUAAAGGCGUUGAUGCAGAGAUGGGUGAUGUACACGGAGGAGUGUAGCCGCAAUCACAGCAGAGAACCGCCGCUCACUGGUGUUGUGUGUAACAGAACCUUUGACAUGUAUGCCUGCUGGCCCGAUGGACUCGCCAACACUACUGUCAGUGUGUCCUGUCCCUGGUACCUGCCCUGGCACCACAAAGUCCAGCAUGGUUCGGUGUACAGGGAGUGUGACGCGGACGGCCACUGGGUUCCCCAGAAGAACACGAGCGAGUGUGAUGCUAAUGAUCCUGCUCAGCCUCACUAUGGUCAGAUCCUCAAGAAGUUCCGGACCAUGUACACCGUGGGCUACUCUCUGUCUCUGGGGGCUCUGGUGUUAGCGCUCGGAAUCCUGAUCACUUUCAGUGCUCUGUCCAUCCUGAUGUCCUCUCAGGACGCCAUGUUGUCCUCUCAGCCACCCACCAUCGGACAGGACCAGGAUGUUCAGCCAGACCAUGAGCCACCCACCAUGGCUCAGUCAACCCACCAGACGGCGGUGGGGUGUCGUAUCGCCGUGGUGAUGAUGCAGUACAGUAUCAUGGCUAACAGCUAUUGGCUGCUGGUGGAAGGCAUCUACCUCCACAACCUGUUGGUCAUCACCGUGUUCACUGAGAGAAACUACUUCAACAUCUACCUGUGUAUUGGCUGGGGUGCCCCUCUGAUCUUCCUGGUGCCCUGGGUGAUGGUGAAAUACAUGUAUGAAAAUGAGGAGUGCUGGGAGCAGAAUAUCAACAUGCAGUACUGGUGGAUCAUACGGUCACCUAUACUGCUAGCAGUUGUGAUUAACUUCCUGAUCUUCAUCCACAUAAUAAAGAUCCUGGUGUCAAAACUGAGGGCUCACCAGAUGAGAUACUCCGACUACAAGUUCCGGUUGGCUAAGUCUACCCUAACCCUGAUCCCUCUACUAGGGAUACACUUGGUGGUGUUUGUCUUCGUGACGGAUGAGUCCACCAAGGCCACCAUCACCCUGCGUCUCACCAAACUCUUCAUCGACCUCUUCUUCACCUCCUUCCAGGGUCUGCUGGUAGCUAUCUUAUACUGCUUUGUCAAUAAAGAGGUCCAGUCAGAGAUCCUGAAGAAGUGGAAGCGUUGGAAGCUGGGUCGUAACAUCGAGGAGGAGUACCGCCACACCUAUAGCCAGACGCCCCACCUCAACACUAAGAGCAGCAGCCUGCUGGGUCACGACCCCUCGCACCCCUCCUCAAUGCUCCUCCACCCCCACCUCCCCGACAUCACCACCUCCUCGCCUGCUCCCCCUGGCCAGGGCCCAGGCUGCUCCGCAGAGGAGAAGCACCUCCUGGUGGUGAGCUGUCAAAAUGGCAUGGGGCGGAGCAGGAAGAACACAGGGUCGUCCAUGCAGUUCCCCUCCCUACCACGUGAGGGCACCAUCAGCUGUAGUCACACACUGAUAGAGGAUCAUAUGGAUGAAAUCUGCUUGACGGACAGGGUGUCAGAGUGUUACGAGGCUCCUAGAGGAAAUGCAGAGAGCCACCUCUGA